UCAUUUCCAUAAAACUUGGUGAGGAACCAAAAGUUGUGGGAGAUUUCGCAUCAGGACCACACGGGGCGUCAGUGACUGGAGAGGCUCUGGGAACACUUCCAAACCAUCUCUCCACUGCCUGUGGAACACACGGGGAAUUACCAUGAAGCUGUUGUUGGGCAUUUCCGCCCUGGCUUUCCUGAUGCAGGCAGCCACUCCUCUGAAGAUCUGCGCGUUCAACAUCCAGAGCUUUGGAGACAGCAAACUGUCUAAUGAGGGGAUCUCGGAAAUUAUUGUGAAGAUCCUGUCCCGGUACGACAUCGCCUUGGUGCAAGAGGUGCGGGAUGCCGACCUGAGCGCCGUUAGUGAAUUGCUGGAGCGGCUCAACAGUGCCUCUAAGCACAAUUACGCCUACGAAAUCAGCGAGUCGCUGGGACGGGAGAACUACAGGGAAAUGUACCUCUUCCUCUACAGGACAAAGAGCGUCUCUGUUGUGGACAAGUACCAGUACUCAGAUAAAAACAAUGCCUUCAGCAGACCGCCUUUUAUUGUCAAGUUCUCGCCUGUCAAUGCCAAAGACGACGAGCUGGUCUUGAUUCCCCUCCACACAGCUCCAAAUGACGCCGUGGCAGAGAUCGAUGCCCUCUACGACGUCUACUUGAAGAUCAUUGACAAGUGGGGGACGGAUAACAUGAUGUUCCUGGGAGACUUCAAUGCUGACUGCAGUUACGUGGGAAAGAACGCCUGGUCCUCCAUCCGCCUGCGCACCAGCGAGGUUUUCAAGUGGCUCAUCCCAGACUCUGUAGACACCACCGUGGGCAACUCCAAUUGCGCCUAUGACAGGAUUGUCGUGAGCGGUUCAAAGCUGAGGAAGUGGAUCGAUCCCAAGUCGGCCCAAGUGUUUGACUUCCAGAGCGCCUUCAAGCUGAGCCAAGAGGAGGUAAAUCACAUUCAGUGUUUAAGCCCUUGGUCCAAACAGGGUUUCCUGAGGCUCGCAGUGCAUGCUGGGAAAACAAUGUGUUCUGGCUUUGGCAACAAGAGAUGCUCUGAGCUUCCCUGUUGUUCUCUCCUCCCAUGCAGGCUCUGGCCAUCAGCGACCAUUUCCCGGUGGAGGUGACGCUGAAAUCUCGCUGAAGCUCCGUGCGACCUCGCAGCCUUGCUUUGACACCCCGUGCCGGAAAAGGGGUUCCGGCCACCCCUGGGUCUUCUCACCCCACAGCUACGUGUUCACUUGCAGACGUACAAAGCUGCCUUGAUGGACCUGUGGUCUAUCCAGACCAGUAUUGCUUCUUCUGUUUGGUAGUGUCAGCCAGCAGAGGAAACAACCCCUAAGGCAGGUUGCCAGGAACGGAUCAGACAAGGAAAAGUGCUUACCAUCUGCUUUCAUUCAAUAUUUACAGCGAGAGGCUUGGAACGCAGCCUCUCAGAAUAAUGGCGUUGUCCUGAGUGACUCUCCACCCCCUUUUUCCUCCCACUUCCUCAUUCAUCAUCUCUUCCACGGGUGGUGCUGAGGGCCAUUUGCUUCUGAGCCCUUUGGUCUCCUACUUUCAAGGCUCGCCGUGUUCUGGAAUGCUUUCUUAAGACACUGCGUCCGUCAGCUGUUGCCCUCCUGGUGGUUCCUCUUCCUCCUCCUCUCCCAUUGUUUCCCAGCUUUCCCCCUCAUCUGCCUCUGAGCUGUGACCUCCCUCAAACCCCGGUCUUCUUCUUCUCUAGAAGGGUCAGGCUGGUCAUUCCUCCUCUGCCCAGUCCCUGACAGGUAGCUGCUUCCUGAUCUCUUAGGCAAAGGAGAGCCUCUUGCCUUGAGAUCUUUGUGGCUCACAAGUGGGAGAACCUGUGGCUCUCCUGAUGUUGCUAGACUCCCAGUGCCCACCAUCUCUUAGUCAGCAGAUGAGGAAGAUGAUAACUGGAGUCCAACAUUAUCUGCAGGUCCUCCAGGUCUUGUUUUUGCUAGAGUUGUUGCUGCCAGGGAUGGAACCUGGAACCUUCUGUUCUUCUGCAGACCAAUUGACUUAUGUGACAUUGUCCACCUGUGUUGUAUUCCACCCGAGCUGAGUUGGAGGGCACCAAAAGGCCUUUGAGAGAUUCAGUGGGUUGCAGUGAGAGGGAGGGGAAACCUGUGGGUCUCCGGACAUUGCUUAGGGGGAUAGGGCUGUAGCUCAUUUGCUUUGCAUACAGAAGGUCUCAGGUUUGAUCCCUGGUGUCUCCAGGUUGGGCUGGGAGAACCUUCUUAGCUGAAAUCACAGAGAACUCCUACCAGUUGAUGCAGACCAUUCUGACCUAGAGAGGUACCUGCCUUAGUAGAAGGCAGAUCAUCGGUCGAUGUCCCUUGCUGGACUACAGAUCCCCAUCACCUCUGACCACUGGCUAAGCAACCUUUGGCAGGCCACAGGCUACUCCCACUUAGCAUACUGGAUUGGCGAGGCCAUUGAGCUCUGGAUGACUUUGGGACUAACCUACCUCAUGUGCUGGUUGUGAUAAAAGGGAGGAGGGAACCAUAAGUACACAAGGAGAGUCUGCUGGAUCAGACCAAUGGCCCCUCUGAUCCUGCAUCUUCUUCUCCUCACCUUGGCCAACCAGAUGCCCCAAGCACGACCUGAGCACAAGAGCUCUCUACCCUCCUAUGGUUUCCAGCAACUGGUAUUCAGAAGUACUGCUGCCUCCAGCUGUGGAAGCGGAGAAUAUUCAUCACGGCUACUAGCCACUGAUCAUCUCCUCCUCCAUUAAUUUGUCCAAUCCUCUUUUAAAGCCGCCCAAGUUGGUGUCCAUCACUGCCUUCUGUGGGAGUUCCAUAGUUUAACUAUGUAUUAUGUGAAGAAGUACUUUCUUUUAACCACCCUGACCAUGGAUGCAUGAUAAUAAAUAAAAUAAACAAU